UUGUGCAAGGUAUUGCCUCCCUGUUUUUUCUCCCCUUCUCUUUUCCCCCUUCCUCACAACUCUAAUAUCUCUUAUCUACGAAGACUCGAAGGGAAGGAAUAACCAAAGAUCCAAGAGGCACCCAUUAGUAAUUCUCUCCAUCAUAAUUAUUUGAAGCAUUAUUUGGUAUUAUCCCACAUGCCAGGAGAUGGAGGGCUUGAAUGUUGAAGGGAUUACUCAAGUGACUGUUGAUCCAAACUUUGUUGAUGUGUUGUCAAGCUCACAUGAAUCAAAGACUACCUAUUCAUCUAAUUUUCCUUCAAGUUUCUCGAUUGGUCAUAAGAGACAUUCAAGUGAAGAUUUAAGUUCUCUUACAAUUAAUAAUUUACGCCUGAAUGAUGGAGAGGAGAAUCACCAUAACCAUUUUGAAGAGAACAUAAAAUAUAGACAUGGUCACACAAGACGUUUUAGUGAAGAUUUAAGUUCUCUUACAAUUAAUGAUCUAUGUGCAAACAAGGUAGAUAAGAAUUGUGAUAAGCAGCUUGAGAAGAAGGAAAUAUAUCGUCAUAACUCAGCUGGAAAUAUUUUUAAGGCCGCAGAGAUUGCUGAACGCUUCAUUCAAACCAUCGACAAUCGAGUUCUAGUUGAUACUAGAGCCCCAAUUGAAUCCGUUAAAGAUGCUGUUAGUAAAUUUGGAGGGAUACUUGACUGGAAAGAGAGACGAAAACAUGUCCAAAUUGAACUUGACAAGAUGCAGCAAGAUGCUACUGAAUAUCAGAUAAAAAUAGAAGCUACUAGAGUUCAAAAAAGCAAAGUUCUUGAGGAGUUGCGUGGUACUAGGCGAAUUAUAGAAGGGCUAAGAAUAGAUCUAGACAAUGCCCAGGUUGAGGCAAUGCAAGCUCAACAAAACUUAGAGCUUGUUGAGAUUCAGUUUAAAGAGAUACAACAAGGCAUUGCCCAUAAAGAGAAUGGUAUAUUAAAGGAAGAGAUUGGACUUGUAGAUGAACGACGUGCAUCAGUAUUAACAGAUUUGCAGUCGGUGAAAAUGGAGCUAGAUCAACUUCAAAAGGAAUACACAUCUCUAGUUUCUCAAAGGGAUAUUACGGAAAAAAAAGCAUGUGAAUCUUUUGUUGCAUCACAGGAAAUUGAGAAGAUCGUUGAGGAUCUCACCAUUAAGAUUAUCAACAUGAAAGAGUCGCUAGCCUCUUUUCAAGCUGCCCAUAUUAUAGCCGAGGAACAAAAAAGAAAUGUAGCUUUGACUUAUCAACAUGACAGGCUAAAUUGGCAUAAUGAGCUCAACCAACUUGACGAUGAGGUUCAAAAGUUGAAUGAUGACCUAUCGGUUAAUAAAGAUCUUGAGUCCAAGUUACAGGCAGCAUCAGUGUUGCUGAUGAAUCUAAGGGAUGAGUUUAUGGCUUAUGUGGAAGGCACAUUGCCUGAAGUGCCAAGUGAUAAUAAAGAGAAAGAAUGUCCAAUGGUUCUUCUUCGCAUGAAGCUAGCACAAACUAGAAAGGAACUUGAAGAUAUGAGGAUAGACAUUGGGAGGGCCAAGAAUGAGGUGAAGUCUUUGUGGAAUGUUGCGGCUACAUUACGUGCUGAUGUAGAGAAUGAGAAAACAAACCUUGCAGUGUUAAGGCAGAAAGAGAAUCUUGCAUUUGUUUCUGCUUUGUCUCUUCAGGAAGAAUUAAACAAGAUUGCAUUUGAUCUAAGUACGGUGGAAGAGAGAACAAAAGCGGCAAAAAUUCCUUUAGAGCUACAACAGGCAAGUAAAAAGUUGGAACAUGCAAAGAAGAAUGUUAUGUUCGCUAGGAAUGAGAUGAAAAAGGCUAGGGAAGAAGCAGAUCAAGCCCAGGCAGAGAUAAAUGUUGUCCAAUUGAGGAUAGAAGCAACAUCAAGAGAGAUACUUGCAGUUAAUGCAUCUAGAGAAAUUGCGGUGGCAUCAGCAAAUGCAUUAGAGGACUACAAAGACGAAGUGGAAUUAGAAUCCCAAGUUGCACGAAGAAACAAAACUAUCACAUUGUCUAUUGAAGAGUACAAUAUAUUGUGCAAGAAAGUUCAAGACGCCGAGGACCUUGCUAAGAAGCGAGUGAUCAGAGCUGUAGACAAGAUCAAGGAGGCAAAGGAGGCAGAGGUGAGGAGUUUGGAUAGGUUAGAUCAACUAAUCAAACAAAUUGACGAUAGAAGGAUUGCACUAAGAGAUGCCCAUGAGAAAGCCAAUGUAGCACAUGAUGGAAAAUUAGCAAUGGAGAAUGAACUAAGAAAAAGGAGAGCCCAACAUGAGAAACAACGAAAGGCCAGUGAGGCAUCUCUUCCUAUUGGUCAAAUCUUCAGUCUAAAGAACACAUCGACCUCUUUUGAUGCAAUAGGAUCAUCUACCUCUGAUCCUCAUAAGUACCAAUUGCUACCUAGAGCCGACACAAUAGGAACAACUACAAUGACAGAGUCUAGGCCACGAAAGUCGUUCUUCCCACGGUCCUUAGUGGCAAUGUUCAUGUUUAGGAGAAAGACACAUUUGAAAUGAUAGCCUUUCUCCUUGCUAGUUUGUUUAUUUAUUGUUUAUUUUGUACAUGUACCUACAAAAUAUUGGCAUUAAGGUUGUAAUUGCUUCUUGAAAAUUAUAUAAAAAAAUUAAGCUAGAAGUCUUUGUUGUAUCAAUACUCUAAAUAAGUUGGAACCAUGUUAUAGAAAUCGAGGCUUUG